AUGGCCCCAAAGAACACUCGCCAUACCAUGACCUGGGCCCAGGUGGCCUCCUCUUCAACCACCUCGCGUGGUUCGGCACCCUCAGCCCCAGCUCAGACCCCUCCUACCCUGGCUCCGGCUCCCUCAGCAACAACCGCCCCUCGGAUUGACGCAGAUUCGGCGAACAUCUACACAGAUGAAGCCGGAUGUGCCUCAUGCCCAACCAUGCCCGCAGCCAAUAGCCAGUCGGCUAGCGCCGUCCCCGCCUCCGAUCCCGACAAGCAAUCGGCUCCACCGAGUAUCUCGGAGGCUACUACUAUAACUGAUCCCAGGUCCCUUUCCUACUCGGAGCGCCUCCUCUGGGCACUCCAGAAUGACGCUCGCCUCGUCGCCGUCGACGUGGAGAAGUAUAUGGGCCCGACCUCUAGGUGCCCGGAGAAGUACCGGGAGACGAAAUCACCCUCAACACCAACGGAGGCCGGUAUCAGCGUCUCCGACCCUCUCAUUCUGCCCACCGCUAACAGGCUCAACCUCACUGAGCGCAUCCUGCAGUCGGAAGCCAGGCACGUCCGGGUCAAGGAGUACUGCCACCUGACGAACCCCUGGCGCUCCUACUACCCAAAGGUCUGCAAGAAGGGGUGCGAAGAGCACUUCCAAUUCGGACUGACGGAGUUUGCGAGCGAGACUGACACUGGAAGGAUACUGAGGGAGAUCAUGAGCGUUCCCCUAAGGCCGCUGGACUCGGAUAGUCCGAUGAGGCCGGUCGCGUUGCUGCUUCACGCAGCAGGCAACGACUCACAAGACUUGAUGAAGCUUGGAGUCGACCUGAGCGAGCCGGAGUGGAGCCACGUCUUCAUCGUGGACACGCAGCGGGUUGCCCGUCGUCGGACAGAUGGGAACUUGAUCGGGCUCAAGACACUUUGCGAGGACUACAGCAUCAGCUACGAUCAUGCUCACAACAGCGGGAAUGACGCCUUCCGCACGCUAGUUGUCGGCAUGGUUGACGGCAUGAAGCUAGUGGAGGAGCAGUCCAGCUCCGCUUCUGAGUCCGAUGUCCCGCCAUCUUCCGACCCAGACCAGGGCAACACCGCUUCGGAAUCUCCGCAGAGCGAAGAUGAGCCGCAUCCGCCAACGUGCUACGAGACUGUGGGCCAAACUGUGGAGGACGUUCGUGCCCGUGCGGACGCUGUGGAGAUAAGUGGCACCCGACGGACAGGUGCAGACGCCUCCAUGUUCGAUGGUGUAAGCUGGAUGGGAAUUGCCCUCCUGACUGCUACACGAAGGGUUGAUUGA